GGCUGCUUGAACCCGUGUGCGCGCGUGUGCAUCCGCAUCCGCUGCCAUGGGGCGACAAUUCGAGUAUGACGAGAGUGGCUCCACCUCGUACUUCUUCGUCCUCUCCUUCCUGACGCUGUACCUGGUGCCCACCACCAUUACCAAGAUAUAUGGCCUCUUCUGUGGCAGCAAGGACCAAGAGGAUACCACGGCUCAGGACGGCCCUGCAGUGGUGCGGAAGAAGCACGUGGCGAAAAAUUCAGGCCAGGGCUGGUGCCGGGCAAGCAACGUGAUUUUUGUCUGCGCCUGGGUCCUGUUCCUGGUGCUGGCUUACGCCGUCUCGGACGAUGAAGUGGAGAAGCAAUACAACCCCUUUGAGAUCCUUGAACUGAGUGCGGAUGCUACUGACCGAGAGAUCAAGAAGCGUUACCGUGAGCUCAGUCUCAAGUUUCACCCCGAUCGCAACCAAGACGACCCCGAGGCCGCUGACCACUUUGUUCGCAUUGCCAAGGCUUAUGAAGCACUGACGGACGAGGUGACGCGCAAAAACUGGGAGCAGUAUGGAAACCCCGACGGGCCGCAGGAGCGCAGCUUUGGCAUUGCGCUUCCGGCUUGGCUUGUGAGCGAAGACAACAAGCACGCUGUGCUUCUGCUUUAUGUCCUUGGCCUCCUCAUCAUCGUCCCCACCGUGGUGGUUAUGAUCUGGCGACGAUCUCAACAAUUCGUCAAGAACAAAAUUCUGCACAAGACCAUUGCCUACUUUUUCCGGUUCAUGGAGAAUCGCAAGAUUAUUGAGGUUAUGGCUGUGGCCGACGAGUUUCGCGAGCGCCGCAUCACGCUGCGAAGCACAGACCUCGAGACUGUUCGUGAAGUCUGCAAAAACGCCAACUUGGGCUCGGAUCCGUUCUCCAAGGGCAAAAAGCGCUGGCGUUUCAACAAUGUCGCCCAUGCUGUGGCCACGCGAGUUCUUUUCCACGCCCAUAUGGAACGCAUGCCCGUGACCAGCGAGAUGCAAGCGGAUCAAGUGGUGGUGUUGGAACUGGUUCCCAUGCUCACUCAGGCGCUCGUCGAGGCCUGUUUUGUUAACUAUCGUUUCUGGCUUUCCACGGCUAAAGAGUGCAUGUACACUUGCCAGCUGCUCAUGCAGGCGCGGCCAGAAGCCGCCUUGCGUGAGCCAUUUGCCAUGGUGGAGGAACAACUCAACCGCAAGGCAAUCACGACGCUGGCCCGUAACAAGCCGCAGCCAAUCACCAAUCUUCGCGAAUUGUUUGCUCAUUCGGAGGAUGAGCUUCGCGCCAUGUUGCAACCGACACUGGGUGAUGAAGCCAUGGAAGAUUUGCUUAUCAUUGGCAGUCGCCUCCCCUUUGUUACGGUGGAGCUGACUCUUGAGGAUGCCAUGGGUCAGACUUACCAGUUGGACCAAGGGGACACAGUGUAUGCUGGUGAAGCCAUGCAACUCAAGUUCAAGCUCGUGCGCCAUGAUGCACAGUCCUUUCCCGAAUCGGAUGAGGGGUAUCGGCUUCGCGGCCUGGUCAAGCCGACUCACGAGGCAGAAUCUGAAGACGCUGAGCCCGAGGCCGAGUCGGCCGAGGCCGUUGUUGAUGAUGAGGACGAGGACGAGGAUGAGGAUGAUGUGUGGGGUGCGAUUGAGAAGCCCGACAAGGAAGAGGGGAGCAAAGAGCUCAAAUCACGCCCGGCCUUGUGCCCUCACUAUCCCCACGCUAAAGAUGAGCAGUGGUGGGUGUUCGUGGGCACUGAGAAGGACAAGGCCAAACACGAGGACCACCUGGACUCCCUUCCUCUUAAAGUUAUGAUGAAGGAUGAUUUUGAAGGCAAAUUUGCAUUCGGCGUACCACGGCUCAAAGGCGGCCACGUGUGGUACCCAAGCUUUUACCUGGUGUCGGACAGCUACAUCGGGCUGGAUCUGGAGAUCCCGAUGAAGUUCAAGAUUGCUACGUCGCGACCGGUGGUGGAAGAGGUGGCUGAGGCCCCCGCUGCAAGCAUGUCGGCCGACGAGAGCAAGGCCCCGGUGACCAAUGACUCAGAUUCGCAGGCGUCAGACUCGGAGGAUGACGAGGAGGAAGAAGGAGAUAUCCCCAUGACCCUGGAGGGUAUCUUGGCUGCUGCACGUAAUCAGCAACGCGACGAUGCUGAUGAUAUUCUUCAAGACGACAUGGACUGGUGAGCGCAGCUCAUCGACAGACAAAAGUGCCCCAGCCCUGGCCUUUGCCAACCGAAAUGAAUCCAGAGUGCGUGUCCCUGCAUUCAAAAUCUCUCGCGGCGACUGCUGCAAGGAAAGGCCAC